GCUCUCCUGCCCAAUGAUCCCCAGGGUUUCAUCGAAUGCCGAGUCAGUGCGACAAUCGUCGCAAGCCUCUGCACGCUGCCUCUCUCCUGAGUGCUGCAGCUAGACCAAUGCUCGGUUGCACUACCCGCAAGUUGAGCAGAUUCAUUGGCAAGACAUGCCCUCUGUACGGAGUACUCGUACGACUUCCCGUCCUCUUGCAGCUCCCGCACGCACUACGUAUGCUCCCCAGCACAGUGCGCCAUCUGCCAAGAAGCAAUUGUGCAGAUUAAGUCCCGGACAAAUUCAACACAGCCCAGGGAGCGAGGCCGCAAG